GAGAACCGCUACGCGUUCAAAGUUGGUGUCCUGGGCUGGCAAUGCUCUCGGCCAGCCGAAACCAAAGAAUCCGAGGUCCAAGGUCCAAACAAUUACAAAAAUCAAUCAUGGUUCAAACCAAGCCGCACUAAGAACGAUUAAAAAAACGAAAACUAGCACUGAAUAAUCCGCAGUGUUCUUUUAUGAUUUUAUUCUUCCAAAAUUUCCCGGGGUUCUGCCAGGCUGCCAGCAGUUCUAAAUUUGCCAAUUGUUUUCUGCUACUCUCGUUGUUUUCUGAGGUCUCUCUUUCCCCAAAGUCGACGAAGAGAGAGAGGAAGAAUAAUGGUGGGGGCGACGAUGUGGCAGGGGGCGACUCUGGCUGGAAUAGUGUUGUGGAUCGUCUCGUCUUCAUACUUCGAUGUCACUCGGAAGCUUAGAUCUUUCCUGCAACCUUGGGUGACUCACCACGUUGAGGUUGGAACUCCUGUAGUCCUCCGGAUCCAGAGUUACAGGUCUGGAUUUCUGGAUGCUCUUUUCUCCGGCUUAUCUUGUGUUGUUUCAGUGCCCUUUUACACUGCUUUUCUUCCUCUAUUAUUCUGGAGUGGGCAUGCCAAAUUGGCGAGGCAGAUGACCUUGUUGAUGGCGUUCUGUGACUAUAUAGGUAAUUGCAUAAAGGAUGUGGUAUCUGCUCCAAGACCUACUUCUCCUCCUGUUCUGAGAGUGACAGCUACAAAAGAUGAAGAAGAGAAUUCAUUGGAAUAUGGAUUGCCUUCUUCUCACACUCUUAACACAGUCUGUCUAUCCGGUUACCUUCUGCACUAUGUCCUGACCCAAGCUCAAAUUCAAGGCGCCUAUAUCAAUAUUCUUGGAGUUGCUCUUGCCUGCUUGCUUGUGGCUCUUAUUGGUUUGGGAAGAAUAUAUCUUGGCAUGCACAGUUUGGUUGAUGUCCUUGGCGGUCUUCUCAUAGGACUCGGGAUCCUUGUAUUUUGGUUUGCAGUUGAUGAAUGCGUAGACAGUUUUGUGGUCUCAGGACAAAAUGUUGCAUCUUUUUGGGCUGCCCUGAGCUUCCUCUUGCUCUUUGCUUAUCCAACUCCUGAACUUCAUACUCCAAGUUUUGAGUAUCACACAGCUUUCAAUGGUGUUGCAUUGGGAAUUGUCGCCGGAAUACAACAAACAUACCAUCAGUUUCACCACGACUCCAUUCCUCGUCUGUUCUCUUCAGAAAUCACACUACCUAUAUUUGUGGGGAGACUGCUUUUGGGAAUUCCCACAAUUCUGAUUGUGAAAUUCUGUAGCAAGACGCUUGCAAAAUGGACUCUACCUGUGGUAUCAAAUACUUUGGGCAUCCCAAUAAAAUCUACAAGCUAUAUACCCUCCUUGAAAGGAUCAUUCAAUGGAAGAACGGAUGAUAAGCUCAAACAUGGAGGUCAUUUGCACAGGCUUCUUUCCCAGCACGGGGCAUUUGAUGUAGAUACAGGAAUUAGAUUUCUUCAGUAUGCAGGUCUUGCGUGGUCUGUGGUUGAUCUUGUCCCUUCACUUUUUCAAUAUUUGAGCUUGUGAUGUUGAUGUUUUGUUAGCAUGUACCAUUAUCAGGUUUGUAAACCUACAUGUAAAUGAAAUUUUUGUAUAGCGACUGCUCAUCCAAUUUUGAUCACGUUAAUAAUGAAGCUUUUGUGGCAACCCAGACAGAUUCAGCUGUAUCUAUCUUCCUUUAGGUCCCCAAGACAUUGUCAUCGAAGUUUCAGAUUUUUUCCA